AUGUCCUUGCAGGUUCCUCCUCAAUCCUAUAGUCCUCCCAAUGAGAAACAGGGCGACGUGAAAAUGCGGAACCUUCUACGAGAACGCCCUCGGCGAACAAAAGGGGAAAAGGGCAAAGGGAAAGCGUUUUCAGAUACUAAAAAUGUCACUCCUCACCCUCCCCUCCUGCCAGUUUCGGCCGCCCGGUUGCCGGGUCUUCCCUCCGAUACCAUAUCGACUCUAUAUGAUCCUACUCCUACUAUGCGUAUCCACCAUAGGAAGAGCCCCUUGUCAGAUAGGGACUGGAAGAUUACAAUUGCUGAUCCGAGUACCUCGGUUUCACAUCAACGAACAACGUCUACAGAGUCUACUUACCGUGACGGCUUGCGAGCUGGAUCAGUUCUUCCAUCGUAUGAUGAAUCGAGAUCUCCCAAAAAGAUACAGACCCAUGGUACCAAUACUUGGUCAGUCGACGAAACUCAGCCAGUUCAUUCCUCGUCACUGGAUAUUUUGGAGGACCUGAUCAGCCGAAAGAUCAAUGUUAUACAAGCGAUUGCUAAUGGAGAGUUGAAACUUGACACAGAAGCCAUCGAGGAUGGACGUGCUCUCUGUCUCGCUGCCGAGAAAGGCACCCCAGACACAAUAGAGGCCUUGUUGGAAUCAGGGGCUAAAGUGAACCAAGUCAUGAGAACUGGAAACAUCGGAAGCGCCCUUGUUGCUGCUUGUCUGGGAAAGCAAGAAGCGAACGUACAAUUUCUGAUUCAGAAAGGGGCAGACAUCAAUAUGCCUCUUGUCCGUGGAGAACACGGCACCGCACUCACAGCAAUCUCCGCUCAGGGAGACUUGACCAUUGCUGACGACCUUCUUCAUGCUGGAGCAUCGAUCAAUAUGCCUGUCACCUCCGGCCGCUAUGGCAGUGCUUUAGCCGCAGCCUGUCACGGAAGUGGCAUGGAAAUGAUCCAGUUCCUGAUCAAUCAAGGGGCUAAUAUCAACAAAUAUUUGCCGUAUGGAGACUUUCCAAGUGCACUUGCGGCUGCUAUUUGCGGCGAGAACAGUGGGAAUGUAAAAGUGCUUCUCGACAUGGGUGCUGAUCCAAACAUAUUGUUCCCAUCAGGAAGCUUUGAAGAUGCUCUUUCCUUAGCAAUUCACCUGAAGAAAAAAGUGGCAAUCAGUUAUCUGAUCGCUGCCGGGGCUCAUGUGGGUCCCCUAGCGUCAGACAUGAUAUGCACAGGGAAUCUCGUUGGUAUGCUUACCCACCACCAUAUGGACGUGCAUGGGGAUUCUUCAUCAAGCUGUGACCCGUCCUCAACUCACUUCACCUGUGAACUCCCUGAAUUGGUCAAGGACUGUCAGGAUAUAUCGUUGUGGUUAUCCAAUGUAACAGUCUUGGUCAGAAAGGAAGACACAAUUGAAUAUUCAACCGUGCAUCAAUUUCUUUUGAAGACCUAUGGUUCUUUGGCAAUACAAUUCAUGAAUAAUUUGACCAGAGCGCUCAAGAGCAAAGAGGGUUUAUACGUUGAUGGAACAACAUUUCUCGAGUUCUCCUCCAAUUCAAUUCGCUUAAAGUGUUGCAGCCUCAGCAGGAAGCUGCCGAGCAUGUUCGAAUGGGUCUGUCGCACUAUCAGAAAGCAAGUGAUGGGUGUCACUCGUCUAUCUACCGCUUACGAAAAGGUUAAAGCUGGAACGCUUUACCUGUAUCUACGGCCAUUACAGCCUUUGCCUGCCGAUGAUUUGCUGCAUGGUUGCUGGGCAGAAUUAUUCGACGGCGUUGUAAUUACCCUGGGACCAGGGGUCCGGAUACGAGCACCAUCUCGAGGGUUGGAACUCGAUUGCAAUACGAUGAUUCAACUGGCGGUGGUCGAAUACCCGGUUCUUAUUGAAUCCGGCCCUGACACCCCCUCGGGCCUAGUGUUCUUAGGCUACUCAACUGCUCUUAUUCCAAUCCAGGAGACCGACGAUGGGAUGAUUAUGUGGCAUCUGGAAAUCGCGAGCUAUGGUCGCCAGAUCAAAGCUUCCGAAUUGCACACAACUCGAUCAGACUGGCUACGGAAAAAGGAUCUAAAUUACCUACUCUCAAAGAGAGCGCUCCUGGGAUGGUGCUCCCGAGCGGAACUUCGCUUGGGCGCCAGCACACACGACCUCACUGUGUCAUGGUCUAGUGCAAAACAGAAGCCCUUUUCGUUGGAGCUAGCGAAUAUCAACCUUCAAGGUCUUGCGCAGUCUGCAGCACCAGCUCAAAUUGGAAUACAAGGGGGCGCGUCUUGGCAGCGUGUGAACAACACGAUUAGGCUUACUCCGUCUGGUGAGUACCUGAAGUGCCUGAACCGCAGUAGGUUGGAGCAGCUUGUUCUCUAUGAUGAUACCGGAGCGAUUCCGAGGGGGGAGGUGCCUAUAGCCGACAAUCCGUCUCGGCACCCGGAUGCAUCGUACGAGGCGUUGAUAGACAAGGAAGAAAUGGUGAUUCAAGGAUCGCGGAGAAGCCGAAACUCUCUGACAGUUCGGAAACUCAUCAUCGGAUUUUCGAUCAAUUUGGGCAGGAUUUUGCUCCAGAAACCGAAAGGAAAGAACAUCUAUGGAUACGAGUUCAUGGACAUUGCUUGUGAACCUCAGACAACCACUUUGAGAAAGACAACUCUAGAAAAAGACGGUCUAGCAUGGUCGCCGCUAUUAAAUGAGAUCAAUUGUCUAUUCUGCUCGAACCUUGGAGAUGCAAUCGUUGGUAAACGCACAACAGAGAUUUCUUCGCCUUGCAAUAUGUUACCAAAUGGAUACGAUCUGUUGGCCGCAUUGAUCAGAAGUAUCGACUACUUGUCCGAGACACGGGGUGGUUGUCAUGAGGGACAUAUACGUCGGUUAUUGAAUGAUAGUGCCUGGCAACCGACAAGUUCACCAUUCCUGGCGUGCAAGCAUGACAGACACGGAUCAUGCUGGAAUCAACCUGAUUUUUUACAACGAAUUAUACCUGCUCGACUGACUGGAAAGAGCAUUGAGUUUUCCAUUCAUGACCAUGUCAACGGUGCUGUUGUUUUUGGUGGGCCGUUGAAACCUCGAAGGUUUAAAUUUUUCGCUCGUGUCUCCGGACAGUAUCAAAAUCACCUGGCCACAAUUCCCGUGCCAAUCCAACAGACGGAAGUGAAGAACACAAAUCAUGUCCUUGUACGAUCAUGA